CUAAACUCUCAUCCAUUUCUUGCCAAAAAUGGGUCGGUCGCCAUGCUGUGAUGAUCAGACCGGUUUGAAGAAAGGGCCAUGGACGCCGGAGGAAGAUCAGAAGCUUACUGAUUAUAUCAGCCAACAUGGGCAUGGAAGUUGGAAAUCGCUCCCCAAGCUCGCCGGCUUGAAUAGGUGCGGCAAGAGUUGCCGAUUAAGGUGGACAAAUUACCUGAAGCCUGAUAUUAAGAGAGGCAAGUUCUCUGAAGAUGAAGAGCGAAAGAUCAUCAACCUUCAUUCUGUUCUUGGAAACAAGUGGUCUAGGAUUGCAACCCAACUUCCAGGGCGGACAGACAAUGAAAUUAAGAACUACUGGAAUACUCAUUUAAGGAAGAAACUCCUUCAAAUUGGUAUUGAUCCAACCACCCACAAGCCAAGAACUGAUCCCAAUCACCUCAUCAAUCUAUCUCUGUUGCUUGGUGCAUCUACAAACGCUGGAAACUUAGCCAGUCCUUGGGGAAAUGCUCUUGGUCUCCAGUCAGAUCCCUCUCAACUGGUGAGAAUCCAACUACUGCAAAAUCUUUUGCAGGUUGUGAAUGCAAGCACACUUCUUAACCCAUUUGAGGGACUUGUGAAUGGUUGGGAAUAUAUGAACCCGCUAGGACUUUUGAUCCCUCAAGCCCCCAGCAACUCUCAGGAUAUUGCCAAUUCAUCAUGGGGAAAUGGAUUUGAAGGUGGAUCGAUCAGCCCAGAAUUAGUUAUCGGUGUCAAAAACAGCAGCUUGAGUGGUGGCUCAUCACCAUGUGAGAACCCUACAGAGAAUCCAUUGCCUGAAUUGGUUUCUGCUCCUCCUGGGACUCACAGCACUGUCAACCAAAUGGAAAGCAUGACUGACCCAAAUCAGUUGAUCUCUACCUCCUUAUUUGAGGAUUGGGAUAAACUCAUGGAUGAUGAAACAAGUGACUCCUACUGGAAAGAAAUGUUGGAGUUUACAUCGUCAUCAUCACCACCAUUGCCAAUGGCAUGGUAGAGCACCUAUAUGUUUCUCCUGAAGUAUCAAACCCAAGAGUUCCACACAGGAAAUAUGUAUAAUUGGUUCAUUCAUGAUUAGUCUUGUAUGUUAGAUUUUUUUUUUAGUUUAUUUAUGUUCUUUAUACACAGCAAAUUCAUGUAAACGGCCUCUUCCUCACAAAGUGUUCAUUGUAUUGAAUCCUUUGAUAUUCUUCCAUUUUUUUUAUGUAAUAGUUGGUAAUAUUAUUAUCCCUAUAUAUGCAACUUU